AAAAAAACCUGGGGUAAGCAGAAUGAAUGUAAAUUUUUGGUAGAUCUGGUGGCAAAAUGACUUCAUCAAUAUUUUCAACCUACCAAAGCGCAGUGAACAAUAUUCAACCAAAACCCCAAAGACCAAAGAAGGAAAAAUAUCCCGCGGGCCAUGAGCCAGAGGCAAAACAAUUUAAAACAAUUCUCAUGUCGUUUAGCAUAAUACCAUUGUGGGUGUGGUGAAUACCUGGCAAGGGGUUCUCAGUACCUAAUAAAAAACACCAAAUAGCUCUUUGCCCGGAUCGAACCCGGGGCGCCUCCGUUGUCACGUGUUAACGUAUUAGUCACUCUGCCAUUUUGAGUGUUAGCCGCUGCACCACGCUGUGUCUGCCAAGCCUCUGCUUGCCCUCCCCAGGACACAGUCACCGUCCUUGCGCAUUCACGAAGCCCUUCCAUCUCAACAGCAUAUCCUCCAUCACUACAUAACAUAUCUAUAUCUCUCCCGCGUUUUCCUAAGCGGUACUCUAUUUAGAUGACCUAGAUAUAGCGAGUCUAUCUGUCUAUUGCCCCUGCCAGCUAAUCUAUAACAAGCCAAACGCCCGCCGGGGUUUCCGCCAUGGCCAGCAUGCGGCCUCCCACCCGCCUCCCCCGGGUUCCAGGCGGUGGGAUCCGCGGCCCCGUCCAACGCCUCGCCAGCCUCCGCAAUCCCAAUCCCACCCCAAUACCGCGCCCGCAACCAAAACCUACCACCCACCUCAAGACCACCACCUGUCCAAACCCAGGCUGCCCUGCCCCAAAUAUUGUCGAGGACGAUGGAAUGAAAGUUUGUUCGGGCUGUGGUACUGUCGUCAGCGAAGCGAACAUUGUCUCUGAAAUCACGUUUGGUGAAUCCGCAUCCGGUGCGGCCAUUGUGCAAGGGACCUUCGUUGGUGCGGGUCAGAGCCAUGGACGCAGCUUCGGGCCCGGGUUUCAACGAGGUGGGGGCAUGGAGAGUAGAGAGAUCACAGAGCAAAAUGGAAACCGUUAUAUUGCCCAGCUAUCUCGAGCAUUGAAUGUCCCAGAAAGCGCUACCAAGGCUGCUGGUCAAGUUUUCAAACUUGCAGUGGGAUUAAAUUUUAUCCAAGGUCGCCGCACAAAGACUGUUGCGGCCGUGUGUCUGUACAUUGCCUGUCGCCGCCAGGAUGGAAAUACGGUCAUGUUGAUUGACUUUGCUGAUGUGCUAAUGAUUAAUGUGUUUAAACUUGGUCGUGCGUACAAAGCACUACUUGACGAACUACGCCUGGGAGGAAACGUGUUUAUCAUGAACCCCAUCGACCCCGAAAGCCUAAUUUACCGGUUUGCGAAGCAGCUUGAAUUCGGUUCCUCGAUGAUGCAGGUUGCAAGCGAGGCAGUCCGCAUUGUGCAGCGGAUGAACCGAGAUUGGAUGAUUACUGGGCGGCGCCCUGCAGGCAUCUGCGGCGCUGCUUUGAUCCUUGCAGCCCGCAUGAACAACUUCCGACGAACUGUCCGCGAGGUUGUAUACGUUGUUAAAGUAACGGAGCUGACAAUCCAUCAGCGGUUGAACGAGUUUAAAGCGACAGAGAGCGGAGACCUCACCGUCGACCAAUUCCGCUCCGUCCAACUGGAGAAUUCCCAUGACCCACCUUCCUUCACUCAAGGGAAGAGGUUGAAACAGGCAAUGAAGGAGAAAAGGCCCACUACGGAAAUCGUAAGCGACGAUGAUGAGGAUGGAAACACCCCAGAACCAACAUCUUCCCCUGUGAACACAAGACGGGUAGAUGCAGAUGGCUUCGCUAUCCCAGAUGUGCCCAUCGAUCCCGCCCUGCUAGUCGACAAAGACGACUCCCCAGAUUCCACAACCAAGACGAAACGCGGCCGACCAAAGGGCACCAAAAAUUUCCGCCCCCCACCCCCAACAGAAUCCGAACUAGCCUCCGAAUCCGCCCUCGAAUCCGAAAUGCAAGAACUCCUCACAACAGGCUCGAACCUACUCGCCUCCACCAACACCACCUCUCAACCCACACCAUCGACCAAACCCGCACCCCAACCCCCCAAACCCGUACCUUCCACACCUGACAUUGACGCCAGCGAAUUCGACUCCGACCCAGAAGUAAAGUACUGCCUGCUCUCCCCCGCCGAAGUCGAAAUCAAAGAACGUAUCUGGGUCCAUGAGAACAAAGACUACCUACGCACGCAGCAGGCGAAAGCGCUCAAGCGGGCGUUGGCGGAGGAGGAGGAUUUGAUUAAUGGUCGGGUGCCGGGUAUUACCCGUCGACCACGCAAGCGGAGGAAAGGGAGGAUGGGUGAUGUGGGGUAUUUGGAGGGGAAGGGGGAAAAUGGCGAGGAUGUGGAUGGAAGGGGAACGAGGGCGUCGACGCCCGCAGAAGCUACGAGGCGGAUGCUUGAGAAGAGAGGGUUUAGCAAGAAGAUUAAUUAUCGGCUGUUGGAGGAGAUGUAUGAGGAUGACGAUGAGAGGAAGGGUAUCAAGAGGAGGGAGAGUGAGAAUGGGGAGGGUGGGGUUGGAAGGGAUAGGGAUAGAGAUAGGGAUAGGGGGAGGAGUAGGAGUGGGAGUGUAUCAAGGAGUGUGCGGAGUAGCAGUGUAUUUUCCGAAAGGAGUCUCGCGACUAGUGGCGCAGGUGGUCUUGGUAUUCGGGGUCCCGUGAGAGAACGGGUUGUUAAGGCGAUUAGGACGGGGACAACAACGGCUGUUACCGCUCCAUCUACAUCUACAGUCCCUGCCACAACGCCAGCGCCACUGCCAACACCAUCUACACAAACCACCACCACCGCUACUACCAUCGCCGCCACCGAAAAAGAAAAAGAAGCAGAAAAAAUCCCAACCCCAACCCCCACAAACCCCAACGAAGAAAUCCUCGGCUACAUCCCCGGCCCCGACGCGAGCGAGAAUCUCGACGCAGCAGGCAUGGAUGAAGACGACAUGGACAUGGACAUGGACGACGAGGAUGAGGAUGAGGAUGAGGAUGCUGACCUCGACGAUCAUGUCGACGAGGCGUUUGCGGGCAAUUAUUACGGUGGGGGCGGCGCUGAUGAUGAUGACGACGAUUAUUAUUAGGUUUUUUUUUUCGUUCUGUUUGUUAUUGUCAUUGUUGUUGAUACCUGGGUCACCUCCCCCAUGUAUUCUAAUAGAACCAGGGGGUGGUCGUGGUCUGGACAUGAAUCACUUUUGGUACAUGUCCCUAGGUUAGCUACUCCGUAGUUAUUGCAUGUAUGGAUGCUUACUUAAACUCGGCCAGCUGGUUUGGCCCAUCCAUCCAUCCAUCCAUUGGACGCGAACCUGGUAUUUAUGAACGAAUUUGAAUUGUGAAGAGAACAAUUCUUCACUAUUAUAUAUUUUAAUUUCCAUUAAUUUUUGCUCUCUUGAAACUGAAUUUUACUUCUAUUUCCUUCAGUCAUCCUUUUUUUUUUUUUUUUUUUUUUUUUUUUUUUUUUUUUUUUUAUUUACUGUCAGUUAAAGUUUCUUUUCUCUCUUUUUUAUUUCUUAUUUCUUAUUUGUUUUUCAUUUAUUUUUCUAUUUUUCCUUGAUUUGGGUUUCCCUGUUCUCCGCUCAUCAUGAAAACCGAUCAGAGCAAGAGAGAAAAAGUAGGGUAAAAAAGUACGAGGAUUCCACUCUGCCCUGUUCCCGAGGAAGGGGAAAAAAAAGGCUAGUAAAUAAAACAAUAAACGAACAGAGCAAAAUAACAGAUAAACAAAAUAGCACAAGAACGUGUUUGCAAAGGCUCCCGGG